AUGGAUACCUUAAUUAGCUCUGCGAAAAAGGCGUACGCCACGAAAGAUUAUGAGCAAGCGGUAGAGCUUUUUGGAGAUGCUUGUGCUAGUUAUGCGGAGAAGCACGGAGAAGAAUCACCUGAUUUGCUUUACGAGUAUGGCAAUUCUCUUUUUCAAGUCGCCAUCGCCAACUCCACUCUCUUGAACUCAGAGGCCGUGGACCAGAACAAGCUUCCAGUAGAGCAACCGGAAGAAGAAAACCAAGCCUUUUCGUUUGCUCCUGAGGCUGAUGAAGAGGAAGAGAAAGAGAACGAGAAAGCGGAAGAAGAAGAUCAAGAGGAAGAGGGACGCGUCGAAGGAGCCGAGUCAUCUGCUGAGGACAAUGCAACGAACGAGGGCGACGAAGAUCAAGAAGGUCCCGCUGCCGAAGAAGAAGAAGAAGAAGAAGAGUCUGAUUUUGAAGCCGCCUGGCGUAUUCUUGAUCUUUGUCGGGUGCUCUUCGAGAAACAGCUACCUGAUGGUGGACGCGACGUAGAGCUCAAACUGGCAAAUAGCUACGCUCUUUUAGGCGAGAUUGCAAUUGAGGACGACAAUUAUGCACAGGCUGCCGAAGAUUUCGAAUCUGCCCUCCAGCUGAAGGAGAAGCUGCACGAUAAAGAAUCAAAAGAGCUUUCGGAGGCCAACUAUAUGCUCGGUUUGGCAUAUGAGUUCAAGGCAGAAAGUGCUGAAGACUCUGAAAAGGCCCUGAAGCAUCUGAAGGCGGCAUUGGAUAUUGCAAAGAAAGUGAAGACCGAUGAGAAAACCAUCCAGGAGCUCGAGCAGAAAGUACACGAUUUUGAACAGGAAAUUAAGGCCAGCAAGGAAAAUAGAGACGCGGUUGCCACAGCUGCCAGCAAUUUAAUUGGUCGCGAUGCCAUGGCCGGAGCUAUUGAUAAAAUGCUUUCUGGGGCUACAGAUAUCAGCACAUUGGCGCGAAAAAAGAAGGCACCGAAACGUGCCGCGCCUGCUACUGACAAGUAUGCGCCUAAAAAGCCCAAAACUGACUCGGAUAAGUAG